AUGGGUCCAAUCAAAGCGUUUAAUGUUAUGAAGACUUGUUUUGGCGGUUUUGAAGACGUGGGUGCAAGUAAAGUUGAAUUUAAGAACUACAGGAGAUAUGCUAUGGUGUUUGUACCGUUCACUGGUAUAGACAAUCAUCACUGCAAUGUUACAUUUGGUGCUGCAUUAUUGGCGUCGGAAACUGCUAAUACGUAUAUUUGGUUGUUGAGAGUUUUUCUAAAAGCUGUUGGUUCUCAACCAAAAGUUGUUGUCACUGGCCAAGAUCCAGCAAUGAAGAAGGCUAUUUCUGUUGUAUUUGCUGACACGAGGCAUCGGUUUGAAUCAGAAUGGGAAGUGGUCAUUGGAGAGUUCAAUUUAGUAGAUAAUGACUGGCUAUCUGAUAUUUUUGCACUCAGGGAAUCUUGGAUCCCUGCAUACUAUAGAAUGGAAGAGCUGUCGGGCCUUAUGCGAACGACAUCGAGGUCGGAGAGUGAGAAUCAUUUUUUUGGUCAAGUGUGCGAUUCAAAAGCUACUCUUGUUGAGUUCAUGACUCAUUACGAAACUACAAUAGAAGAACAGCGUUACACGCACCAGAAAAAUGAUCAUGAAUCUCGAUACAAACGCCCCCAGUUGAAGAUUAAUUACCAAGUGUUGGAGGGCCAAGCUGCUGACAUAUACACGAAAAUAUUUUUGUGA